AUGUCGCACCACGAGGGCGCUGUCAUUGCGCCUCUCAAAUUUUUAAAGUGGCUCCCACUCUACGAGACCGAGAAACCUUUCCAGGUCUUCAUUAAUGUUCCUGAAGAUGCCCAAGAUCAACGCACGACCAACCUUGCUUUCCAUAACGUCGAGGUCCAUAUCCUGGAUGUUCGAAACUUUCCCCCACAUUACUUUUCACUGAACGAGCAGGGCUUCAUGUAUCGCCUGCAAAAGUUUGACCCAACUCAUAUCGCAGAUCGCAAGAAGGUCGAAGAGCUGUAUCUCCCAGAGAUGGAGGCCUUGCUCAAAGCCGAAGUGGAGGAUGUUGACCGCGUCUUCUUCUUUGACUGGAGGCUACGGAAGAACGCCCCCGAAAUCGAAGGCACUGUCAUCGACCUCAAUGACUCAACGACGUGGCUACGACCGGCGUUACAUGUGCAUGUUGAUCAGAGUCCUCUGGCCGUGAUACGACGGAUCCUAAUGCAGCUUCCUUCGGACGCUGAAUAUCUACUACAGAGUCGCAUUCGUGUCGUCAACGUGUGGCGCCCAAUCAUCGACUGCAUUCGAGACUACCCUCUAGCAAUGUGCGAUGGCAGUACCGUAUUUCCAUCAGAUAUGGUAGAGGCCGAUCAUGUCAGACGGCAUUACACAGGCUCGACAAUGUACUUGCAGCACAAUGAACGACAUAAAUUCUUCUAUAUGAGCCGACAGACUAAGGAUGAGGUUUUGAUAUUCAAGAAUUUCGAUUCUGCAGAGACGAUAGCGGCCACCUGUGCACCACAUGCGUCAUUCUUGGACCCUGCGAUCCCUCCCUUAUUCAUUCCUAGACAAAGCAUCGAAGUGAGAGCUUUGGUAUUUACAUACCCGCCCAACCUCGAAAGCAAGUCGCUCGAGGAAAUGGCAAUUCAAAUGCAAGGUUUUACCGCGAAUUAG